UCAGUUUACAAGUCAGUCUGUUACACACUUCACAAGUUCUUAGACUUUACAUCUUUAUAAUGGAAGCCAUUUAUGAAAAUUUUGAACCUGAAGAUCCUGUCUGCAAAUUUUCUCUAUCAAAUCCACCAGCUUCCAUCAAGUCCACCAGGAGAUUCUAUCUCGGUGUUAUUACUUUCAUGGUGAUGCUGAGUGUUCUUCUUCUGGCUGGAGUCAUCAUUCUCGGCCUUCUCUAUGGUGACACAGUAAGACAUUUGUCAGAAAUCUCUGACAACAAAGACAAUCUGACUGAGCAUCUGAAUGCUGUUAUUGAGAGGAUGAAUUCCAGCCUCAUUGAAACAACCAAGAAGCUGAUGGACUAUGGUGAGUCAGUAAGACAUUUGUCAGAAAUCUCUGACAAAAAAGACAAUCUGACUGAACAUCUGAAUGCUGUUAUUGAGAGGAUGAAUUCCAGCCUCAUUGAAACAACCAAGAAGCUGAUGGACUUUAGACAGAGGAAAACAAGAUGUCCCAAGAAAUGGAUCGGAUUUGGUUCCUCUUGUUACUUCUUAUCUGAAGAGUCUAAGACCUGGGAUGAAGCAAGAGAGUUCUGCAGAGCCAGAGGAGCUGAUCUGGUGGUGAUAAACACUGAAGAGGAAAAUGAAUUUAUUUCUGCAUUGAAAAAGCAACAAGUUUGGAUUGGACUGACUGACAGAGACUUGGAGGGGACCUGGAAAUCGGUUGAUGGAAGUUCUCUAAAUCUGACGUUCUGGGGAUCUGGUCAGCCUGAUGAUUAUGAUAAAGAGGAAGACUGUGGAGAAACCAAUUUUGAAUUUCUGGGACACUGGAAUGAUGUUCCAUGUCACCUUUCAAGGCAGUUAAUCUGUGAAAAAGAAGAAAUGCUCUUUGUUUGAAAAGUUUUUUUUACAUUUAUAGUUAAGAUCUAACCAAGAUGUUUUUAACCCUUCAUAUUACAUACAGGGUACAAACUUAAACAAGAAAUGUUCUUUUAAUCAGACCAUAAAAAAAUCAGCUUCUACCUUUUCCAAGGCAAUGAAAAAACAUAAGCAGCUCAGAAAUGUGUACAUUUAACUAACCAAGAAUAAAUAAGAGCAAAUUAA